UGCCGGCCGGGCAGGCCCCGCAAAUUCGCCAUUGGCUUGUGCGUUAUCGUAAAAAAAGUGACGGUAUCGUACGGUAAACAUCAGCUUCAACUCUCCAUCGCCACAGCGGGCAACGACUUUACAAAGCUACAGCCCCCCCAAUGUCCUCCCACGCAACACUAAGCGCAGCCGCCGACGAGCGCAAGGCGCGUCUCGCCAAGCUCAAGUCCCUCAAGCGCAAGCAGCCCGCCGAAGAGGAAAUCAACCCCGCCAUCAUACCCGAAGCCGGCGACGACCAGGACGAGACUGCACCUACCCAAGAUGCUGCAACUAAGAAGCAAGAAGGGGAAGCCGGCGGCACGGCGUCGUCGCCGCCAACAAACGACGUAGCCAAAAUGCACCUCUCGCUGCGCAACUACGACCCGGAAACCCGCGGGCCAAAGCUCGGUUUUGAGGCGCCACCCACCCUCGACUUUGACAUGCCCACGCUUGAAGAGCAGGCCCGCGAGCUGGAGGAAGAGUCCAAGCGCAAAGCGGCGAUCGAAGCGCAGGACGGCAAGGGCAUCGAUCUGUUCACGCUACAGCCCAAGAAGCCGAAUUGGGACCUGAAGAGGGAAUACAACCAAAAAAUGGAGGUGCUGAACGUGCGGACCGAAAACGCGAUCGCCAGGCUAGUGAGGGAGAGGCUGGCCGAGAAGAAGGCUGCUUCUGCUGCUUCUGCUGCUUCUGCUGGGCCAAAGGGGAAGGGCAGUCUGGACGGGGAUGCGGAAGCAGAGGGCAUGCUGGACGGGGCGGCUAUGGUGGAGGGGAUACGGUUACGGGAGAGAGAAGAGAAGGAGGAGGCGAGGAGGGAGAGGGAGGCCGAGGCGGAGGAGUUUGGCACGGCCUAAUAUGAAUGACUGAUUGGUGGGCUUCACGAUAGGGGACACUACAUCAAGGGAAUUGGGGACAGUGGCCUCGUCCUUUCUUUUCCAUCUGGUUGACUAAUGACCCGUGUGGGGUGUGAUGCCAAAACGCUAACCUUU